AUGUCGGCCAGCGUCCGCGCGCGCCGUCCCGCGUCUCCCCCACCCGGCACAUCAUACCCACCUCCUCCCUAUCCAUCCAACCACAACUCAUCGCAACGAUUCCCCACACCCCGCGAAGGGAUUCUCGAUGCGGACGAACGACGCGCGCAAGCUUCGUUAGGUUUCGGACCGACAAGCGCGAGGAAGGGAGGCGGACAUCAAUUCCCGAGUGGGGGGUUGAAGGUGACGAGUGGGGAGUGGAAGUUGUUGGCCGUUGUGCUCGCUAUUGCAUGUGCGGUUAGGUUGUUUAGGAUUGGGUGGCCGGAUAGUGUGGUAUUCGAUGAAGUCCACUUCGGAAAGUUUGCAGGCAAAUACAUCAAGACGCGCUACUUCGUAGAUGUCCAUCCGCCACUAGCUAAACUCCUUAUUACCCUCGCUGCUUUCGUGUUUGGAUUCGAUGGAGAUUUUGACUUCAAGGAUAUCGCAAAAGUUUACGAAAACACUCCGUAUGUCGCAAUGCGCAUGGUCCCCGCCGUCCUCGGAAUCGCCACCGUCCCCCUCGCCUACCUGACGCUCCGUGCCCUUGACUGUCGCGCCACGACCGCCCUGCUCGCCUCUAUGCUCAUCACCUUCGAAAACGGCCUAAUCACCCAAUCCCGACACAUCCUCCUCGACUCCCCACUCAUCUUCUUCACCGCACUAACCACCUUCGUCUGGACCGGCUUCUGCAAUGAAGACAAGCACGAGCCGUUCACGAAACGCUGGUGGACGUGGCUCACGCUCUCUGGUCUCUCACUCGGUGCCGUCGUCAGCUGUAAAUGGGUCGGGCUGUUCACUAUUGCGACCAUCGGUAUGAGUACGCUCAGGCAGCUUUGGGUGUUGUUGGGAGAUGUGAGGGUAUCGCCGCGGUUGUGGUUCAGACAUUUUUGGGCCAGGGCGAUCUGUUUGAUCUUGCUGCCGGUGUUGUUCUAUAUGACAAUGUUCCAGAUACAUUUCUUGAUAUUGGAGAAUUCGGGAGAUGGGGAUGGGUUUAUGAGUGCGGAGUUUCAACAUACGCUUGGAGGGCAUCAGAUGGAGGAUACAUAUGCGGAUGUUGCCAUUGGGUCGACUGUUAGUAUUCGCCAUGUGAACACCCAGGGUGGCUACCUCCACUCGCACGCACACAACUACCCCGGUGGAAGCAUGCAACAACAGAUCACGCUCUACCCCCACGGCGACGAGAACAACGACUGGCGGAUCCUCAACGGCACGGAACAAGGGAACCCCCUCGACGACUGGGAGUCUCUGAACCCACUACGCUUCAUCACCAACGGCCAACGCCUCAAAUUCCGCCACCUCACCACCGAAAAGAACCUGCACUCGCACGACUUCCGCCCGCCCGUGUCCGAGGUCGAGUUCCAGAACGAGGUCUCCGCGUACGGCAUGCCUGGUUUCGUGGGCGACUCGAACGACGAUUGGAUCAUCGAGCUCGACGGAGGGGCGAAGACGCUGAAGACGCUGAGGACGAAGUUUAGGCUGAGGCAUGUGUUGACGGGGUGUUAUCUGUUUUCGCAUAAGGUCAAGUUGCCGCAGUGGGGCUAUGAGCAGCAGGAGGUGACGUGUAAUAAGAAUGCGGUGAAGGCGAACUCUCUGUGGAUGAUCGAGACCAGCGAUCAUCCGUAUAUGCCGACGAAUGCGAAGAAGGUGAACUAUAGGCAGAUGGGCUUUUUGGCCAAGUUCUGGGAGUUGCAGCAGGUGAUGUGGACGACGAAUGCUGGGCUUACGGAGAGGCAUACGUUCGAUUCUAGACCGGACUCUUGGCCUACUCUCCGUCGCGGGAUUAACUUCUGGGUGAAGGAUCACAGGCAGGUAUACCUGCUCGGAAACCCUAUGGUAUGGUGGCUGAGCACCGCCGCCGUGCUCGCCUACACGUCAGUGCGCGGGUUCCUCAUCCUGAGGCAAAAGCGUGGCUACCGUGACUUUGAAAACACCAAAGUCGUCAAAUACGACUCCCUUUGUGGCUUCCUCUUCCUCGGCUGGGCGCUGCACUACCUCCCCUUCUACCUCAUGUCCCGCCAGCUCUUCUUGCACCACUACUUCCCCGCGCUCUACUUCGCCAUCCUCCUCCUCUGUUCCGUCUUCGACUUCCUCACCUCGACACUGCGUCCGAGAUUGCGGUUACAGAUUGCGGUGUUUUUGGUCGUGCUGGCGGUCUGGAAUUAUUGGAUUUUCAGCCCAUUGGUUUAUGGGGGCCAGUGGACGAAGGGGAAGUGUUUGGAGGCGAAGUGGGUGAAGACGUGGGACUUCUCGUGGUAUGUUUCUUCGUUAUCUCGUGCCAGACUAUAG